UCUUCUUCGUCCACCGUCCACUCAACCUCCUCAUGGCACUGCCUCCUCCCAUUCUUCUCGAAUCUUCCUCCCAAUCCUUCUCUACCCUCCAAACUGCGUGUCUCAAAGACUUGGCAGAAUCUUACACCCUCACUUCCAUCCCAUCCAAUUAUGCCUACUCUUCACCCGAAGCCGUUCAUCUCACCGAUCCCGUUCUCUCACAAGAAAUCCCUACCAUCGAUCUCUCUUUGCUAACGAAAGGAACUCCAGAUCAACGGUCCCAAAUCGUCCGAGAUCUCGGUCAAGCAUGCAGGGAGUGGGGCUUCUUCAUGGUGAUAAAUCAUGGGGUGAAGGAGAGCCUAAGGGCGCGUAUGCUCGACGCGUGUCAGGCUUUCUUUGAUUUAUCAGAAACAGAGAAGAGGGAGUAUGCAGGGAAACACGUGUUGGAUCCCAUACGGUGCGGGACGAGCUUCAAUCCAACGGUGGAUAAGGUGUUGUACUGGAGGGAUUAUCUUAAGGUGUUUAUGCAUCCUGCCUUUCAUUCGCCCGACAAGCCGGCCGGUUUCAGGGAAGUCUCCUCAGAGUAUAUCGAACGGAUCAGAGAAGUGGUGAAGGAAUUACUUAGAGGGAUAUCAGAAAGCUUGGGAUUGGAGGAAUCGUAUAUAGAGAAGGCUUCUCAACUGGAAUCUGGUCUCCAAAUUCUCAUUGCGAAUUUCUACCCGCGAUGCCCACAGCCCGAACUGGCAAUGGGCAUCCCCCCACAUUCAGACCAUGGCCUCCUGACCGUCCUCAUGCAAAACGAUGUUGGUGGACUUCAGUUGCAACACAAGGGAAAGUGGGUCAAUGUUGAUCCCCUCCCCAACUCUUUCCUCGUCAACACAGGAGAUCAUCUCGAGAUAUUGAGCAACGGCAACUACAAGAGCGUGGUACAUCGGGCAGUAGUAAACAACACAGCUGCAAGGAUAUCAUUAGCUAUGGCACAUGGGCCAUCCCCGGACACAGCCAUUGCUCCAGCCCCAACAUUGGUCGACAGCGAAAACCACAGACCAGCAUACCGGGAGAUGAAAUACAGAGACUAUCUGCAGCUUCAGCAAAGCAACCAACUCAACGGGAAGUCUUGCUUGGAUAAUGUCCGAGCAUGAACCGUUCAACGUUACCAUAGUAUCUUGUCAUACGGUAUGUUUUUAGAGAACAGGCACGGGUUGUUUUGUGGAUUUAGGAUAUUUGUGCAAUCUUAUCAUGUUUGUUCAUGUUAUUUAUACAUGGUGGCCCACCAUGUAGAGCAAGCAGACAUUAUUGCUUUGAUAGGGUUUCUUCAGGGGUAUUUUAGGCAUUACCAAAUGUUGUGGAAAUUUCCCUUAUUCUAUGCAAGUGUUGUGUCAUGGGCCCACCAUGGUGUUUGUUUGCCA